AUGACGGUGUUACUAGAAGGACCCAAACCUCAUUUUGCAAAGUACUGGUAUGUGCUGGAGAAUGCUGGAGGAGACAUUAAGGAUGGCUGCCACCAUUAUGAAGGAGCUGUGGUCAUUCUGGAUGCUGGUGCUCAGUACGGGAAAGUCAUAGAUCGAAGAGUGAGGGAACUGUUCGUGCAGUCGGAACUCUUCCCAUUGGAAACACCAGCAUUUGCUAUAAAAGAGCAUGGAUUCCGUGCUAUUAUCAUCUCUGGAGGACCUAAUUCUGUGUAUGCAGAAGAUGCUCCCUGGUUUGAUCCAGCAAUAUUCACUAUUGGCAAGCCUGUUCUUGGAAUUUGCUAUGGCAUGCAGAUGAUGAAUAAAGUAUUUGGAGGUACUGUGCACAAAAAAAAUGUUAGAGAAGAUGGAGUCUUCAGUAUUACCAUGGAUAACACAUGCUCAUUAUUCAGGGGCCUUGAGAAGGAAGAAAUUGUUUUGCUUACUCAUGGAGAUAGUGUAGACAAAGUAGCUGAUGGAUUCAAGGUUGUGGCACGUUCUGGGAACAUCGUGGCAGGUAUAGCAAAUGAAUCUAAAAAAUUAUAUGGAGUACAGUUCCACCCUGAAGUUGGCCUUACAGAAAAUGGGAAAGCAGUAUUGAAGAACUUCCUCUUUGAUAUAGCUGGGUGCAGUGGGACCUUCACUGUGCAGAACAGAGAACUGGAAUGCAUUCGAGAGAUCAAAGAGAAAGUAGGCACAUCAAAAGUUUUGGUUUUACUCAGUGGUGGAGUAGACUCAACAGUUUGUACAGCUUUGCUGAAUCGUGCUUUGAACCAAGAUCAAAUCAUUGCUGUGCACAUUGAUAAUGGCUUUAUGAGAAAACGAGAAAGCCAGUCUGUAGAAGAGGCCCUCAAAAAACUUGGAAUUCAGGUCAAAGUGAUAAAUGCUGCUCAUUCUUUCUACAAUGGAACAACAACUCUACCGAUAUCAGAUGAAGAUAGAACUCCACGAAAAAGAAUCAGCAAAACGUUAAAUAUGACAACAAGUCCUGAGGAGAAAAGAAAAAUCAUUGGGGAUACUUUUGUUAAGAUUGCCAAUGAAGUAAUUGGAGAAAUGAACCUGAAACCUGAGGAGGUUUUCCUUGCCCAAGGUACUUUACGGCCUGAUCUAAUUGAAAGUGCAUCCCUUGUUGCAAGUGGCAAAGCUGAACUCAUCAAGACCCAUCACAAUGACACAGAGCUUAUCAGAAAGUUGAGAGAAGAGGGGAAAGUAAUAGAACCUCUGAAAGAUUUUCAUAAAGAUGAAGUGAGAGUUUUAGGCAGAGAACUCGGACUUCCAGAAGAGUUAGUUUCAAGGCAUCCAUUUCCAGGUCCUGGUCUGGCAAUUAGAGUAAUAUGUGCUGAAGAACCUUAUAUUUGUAAGGACUUUCCUGAAACCAAUAACAUUUUGAAAAUAGUAGCUGAUUUCUCUGCAAGUGUUAAAAAGCCGCAUACGUUAUUACAAAGAGUCAAAGCCUGCACAACAGAAGAGGACCAGGAGAAACUGAUGCAAAUUACAAGCCUGCAUUCACUGAAUGCCUUUCUGCUGCCAAUUAAAACUGUAGGUGUGCAGGUGAGUUGUGUGAAUCCAUUGCCCUGUGACAUAACUUUCUGCAGAUGUUCUUUUCAUUAUUGUUGAAAUAGGAAUGAUUUA